ACACACUGACGGAUUCUCAGUCUUACUAUGGCCACCACAACGGAGGAAAGGUCUCCUCUCCCUACCCAGAUAGAACCACACAGACCCGGCCCAGAAUUCAUCCUGAGCCAGCUAGAACAAUACCAGCCUCACCUAGAACCAAGACUAGAAUGUAGUCUAGAACCCAGUCCUGGACCCAUCCUAAACCAGGACCAGACUCUAUCUCAGACCCCUUUUCCUUCCUCAUCCCCGUCCCACCGCGACAGAGAGGAGGAGGAUGAGGACGAGGAGGAAGGAGGUAACUCCGGACCAGGACCAGAGCCUGUGGUAGGUGAACAUUCGGACCCGGAAUGGGUUGAGGAGAGAUUCCGUAUCGAUAGGAAGAAACUGGAGGCCAUGCUGUAUGCCCCUAGACAUGGAGAGGGACCUACAGGUGAAGAGUUCUUUGAGAGAGUGAUGGUGGAAACUAACACCCAGGUGAAAUGGCCAUCCAAGCUGAAAAUAGGAGCCAAGUCAAAGAAAGACCCCCAUGUGAAAGUGGAUGGGAAAAGAGCCAAUGUUCUAGAGGCCAAAAAGAAAAUUCUAGAACUUUUGGAGACAAAGGUCAACAAGGUGACCCUGAAGAUGGACGUGGCUCACACAGAACACUCCCAUGUGAUCGGGAAAGGGGGCGGGAACAUCAAGAAGGUGAUGGAGAUUACGUCGUGCCACAUCCACUUCCCCGACUCCAACCGCCACAACGCCACUGGAGAAAAGAGCAACCAGGUGUCCAUCGCGGGGCCUGUCCAAGGGGUGGAGGCAGCCAGGAAGAGGAUACGUGACCUUCAGCCGCUGGUGUUGACCUUUGACCUACCAGUGACCCUGGUGUCCCAGGCCCUGCCGGACGCAGCGUCGCCGGUCAUCCAGCAGGUGGCGCAGGCUCUGGGGGUCAGUGUGAGCUUUAGGGCCCAGCCUAGACUGUACAGCAGCUGCUGUGUGGUUAGAGCACUUCAGGGAAAUUCCGUCGCCAUCAAGAAGGCGGUGUGUGUGCUGAUGGAGCUGCUGCUGGGGUCAGAGCUCGGGGCUGGGGGUCAGGGUGGGGUCAUGGGGGUGGUCAGUACCCAGCUGGAUGUGACCUCCCAGCAGCACCUCUUCCUGCUGGGGCAGAACGGAGCCCACUUCCUGGGGGUCAUGCACCAGACCCAGACCCAGAUAGUUCUGCCAGACCUCAGCGCCCCACAGAACCCCCCCUCACUGCUCAUCCAGGGAAGUCCAGACGGAGUGUGUCUGGCCAGGCAGCAACUCAUGGACUGUCUGCCUGUGUGUCUGAUGUUUGACAUGCGUGAGGAUGGGGAGGCAGACCCUCGUAAACUGGCUCAGAUGAUGCAGAGUAUGGGGGUCUUCAUCAGCGUCAAACCCAAAGUCAAACAGACCGCCAAGUCAGUGGUGGUAAAGGGUCUGGAGAGGAACAUCUCCAGUUUGUACGAGGCUCGGAGGCUGCUGCUAGGGCUGGAGUCCAGCGAGGUCACCAUGACAGCCAAGAUAACUCUGAUCCCCAGGUUGGCCGGCAACGGGCUGACCAACUACUGGCUCAACAUGCUGCUGCAGCAACUCCGCCUCUCCGACCACGGCUCAGUGCCCACCACUGAGGCUGUGAUUGGCUCUUUUUCCCAAUCUAAACCCCACCCGUCCCCUCCACCAGGCCUGACUCCGCCCUCUGAGGAAGGGAGGAUGGGACUGAAGGGGAAAGAGAGCAGACAACUGGAGAAGAUCCCAGAAAACGAGGAUCCGUCCGGCCUGUCCGACGAGGACGAGAGCCCUGGCUCGAUGACAUCAGAGCUGAGUGAUGUCAUGAGCCAGGUCAGGAUGAUGAGUCGGAGGAGCAGCCUCCAGGGUCCUGAAGUGUGCAGGUUCCUCAACCAGGGGAGACGCCACUCAACAGGCCAGGUCAUGAGACUGCUGGGCGGAGAGAAGGAGGGAGGGCGGAGUGAGAGACGCAACAGCCUGAGAGAGAUGGAGGGAGGGAGGGGUGAUAGUGGAUGGAACAGCCUGCGAGAGAUUGGGGGAGAGAGGAGUGACACUAGACGGAACAGCCUGAUGAGGGAUUUGACUCCGACUCAGGACACUCUCACUGAUGUGUCAAGGAACGAGGAUUAUGACUAUGAGAUGAAGAAACUGCUGGCAACUAGAGCCAUGCAGAGGAAUCCGGUGGUGACAGAGGUUCGGACCCCCACUGAUACCUGGAGUGGUCUGGGCUUCUCUAAGUCCAUGCCUGCCGAAGCUGUUAAGGAGCUACGCCACGUCAGCCGACGCAGCUACAAACCUUACCUGGCAAACACUGGCCAACAACAACAGACAUGGGGCCCGCAGAAUGCGAAGGAGAAAGUGUCCAAUGGCAGUAAUUCAGAGAACUGGCGUGACAGACGUGGAUCAUCCUCUUCAUCCUCCCCCAUUUCCCCUUCUCCAUCUUCCUCCUCCUCUUCCUCCCCCUCUAACUUCUCAUCUUCCUUCUCCUCCACGUCGUCCUUCCCGGCAUUUGCGUCUUCAACAAACAGACCCCGAACCGAUAAAACCUCGGAGAGCUUCCUGAGCUGCAGUAACUACUUUGAGUGCAUGUCCUCCGUGAGGGCGUUGACUGCUAGCCAGCGGAGCUCCUCCCCCCAGCCUACAGACGAUCUCCCAGAGCUCCUGAGCCAGCUCGGUAUGGGGAAGUACAUCGACGUGUUCCAACAGCAAGAGAUUGAUUUCCAGACUUUCCUGACUCUGUCUGACGAGGAUCUGAAAGAGGUGGGAGUGUCCACGUUUGGAGCGAGAAGGAAGAUGUUAUUGGCCAUCUCAGAUCUAAACAAAAGCAAAAGGAAACUGUCAGAGACGCCUGCUGUGAAGCCAGGCUACCUAGAAGGUGGGGCAAGUGGCCGGCUCCCACGAAUCAUAGAUGAGGACACCGCUGCUCAAAGAAACCACUGGUGAACCCCACACAACAUUACCUAACCUGGGUAGAACUGCCUGUAAAAACAGAUCCACGUUCAGAUUGGCUUCGACAUAUCCGAACCUUGGUGGCAAACCCUAAAAUGACUUUAGAUCAGUGUCUAGGGACAAUUUCAUCCUACUGCCAUGCCGUACACCAGCAGCCUUUACCCAAAGCCUGUCCCGACAACCUCGAGACCAGAGGGACCCUAGCAUUGGUAAGACUCCAGUAUUGUCUAAAGGAACGCUGAGCAUUCAUACAAACUAUGUGACUCUAUGUGGACUGUCACAGACAUUCUCUCUUCUCUAUUGGCCUCUCUUCUCCCCAGAUAGUGCCUUAUGCAAGCCUGUGUUCCUCUACACUGUGUGUUGCGGGUUGAAGUCCACUGUUAACCACAUAUAUGCAUUGUACAUAAACCUACAAGGGAAAAAUGAGAAUGUAUGAUGAUAUUAUUUAGAGAUGAUUAUUAAACGUUUCCAAAAA